CUGGACCCAAGUGGGACCGUUUAUUUCAGCCCUAAUGGCUGGACCCUGGAUCUUUCUACAGCAUACAUCUUCUGGCGUCCAAGGACAUUGAUUCCGAAAGGAUUCUUUGGCUCUCCCAAGUCAAGCGAGUAAUAAUUCCAUGUCUCGUUGCAUCGGCAAUGCUGGGAAGAGGCCGAUUAGAUAAGGAGGGCGGACCAGAUGUAUGACGUCAAGGAUGUUCCUCCGACGAACACGAGAAGGGGCCUGUUCUCUAGAAUUUCUAUCAACAAAGCUGGAGCUCUCGCUUAUGGAUGAAUCCUCGAUUCUCCUGUCCACGACUCAUUUACCCUGCAUCCACUGCAGCCGGGCACGAAUCGGGAGGCCGAAUGGUGGUAGAGAACCAUGGCCCUGAAAGAGUGGUGACGCCAGCGGGACGAGCGGAUCGCCAAACCUUGAUCACAAUUGAUUUCAUGACUGUUCCUUAUGGUCAGGCAUCGCGAUACGCGUUAUAUGGCAUGCAUAUUGGGGAGGAAGCGUUGGGAAUGAGCGUGGACGAUUGCAAUGGCUUCUGUGUAACUGGCGGUGGGCAGAUUACACACCUCCCUGUCCGGAGUGCUGCCGCGCCCAUUGACUGCCACGAAUGGCUUCACCUCGAGCUGUUGUGUGUUGAUUGACCCUUGAGCGUCCCGAGUUCGGCUUACCAAGUUACCCUCCUGUCAGAAAUAAGCUUCGUGGACCAGCCCAUCCAGCGUUGCAUGCAUGUGCCCUCCUUCACGUCAUUGCGAUCCUUGCUGUCAUGACCUUCCGCUGCUCCCGAUGCAGCCAGUCCUACCAGUAACCAGGGUUGUUCAUCCGCCCGUCCAACUCUUCCCUUCUCUUUAUCCUCCUCGUGUCUUAUCAUCUCUGCUUUCCGUGCCGUUGUUCUCGCAGGUCGUGGGCAUCCUCAAUCCAUCUUGAUCAGUCCUCGUUCACCGAAGCCGCGCGGCCGUUGUUCGUGAGUUGCACAUGCUUUGAGGGGAUUGAUUCUCUGUGGUAGGCUAAUAGGAAGUAGAUCAUGGCCGCUAUCGACCUCCUCGCCCUUGAAGCACGGCACCAAGUGAUUAAGCGAAGCAACUGGGCCGGCGAGAACCCGGGUGUGGUCCU